GACUGGGCGAUACGCAGCGAGGAGCAGAGCUUGAUGAUUGAACGCGUCCUUGUGCUGAUACGAAACGUGCUUCAAGUGCCAGCCAACCCGGAGGCAGAAUGUCGUGCCGAUAAUGAUGCCAGUCUGCAUGACCAAGUUAUCUGGGCGCUGCAUCAGUCUGGCCUGAUGGAUUUGGUGUUGUUCGUGGUGUCAUCGCCGGAUGAGCAUCAGUUUCAUUUGCACGGUUUGGAGAUUUUGUGUCUGCUUUAUCGCGAACAAACAGCCGAAUCCCUUGCGGAUGCAUCAUUGCAACGCAGCAUCGCCGAGAAGCAACGCGACGAACAGGAAUUGUUGGCUGCGCGUCGCCGUGAACGCCAAAGGCAUCACACCAAACCGCCUGCGAUGCGGCAUUCACGUUUCGGCGGCACGUAUGUAAUACGGAAUAUGAAAUCCGUGUCGGAACGCGACAUCAUUUGCCAUCAGCCGUUGGAACGUGUUAUGUCGAUUGAUUUCGAUCGUGAGAAGAAUCAACAGAAGCGCUCAUUUCGCCACGUUAAGGAGGAAGUACAGCUGACGCGACGCAGUGCGUUCUCAGUGCGCUUGUGCCUUCGCGAAUUCUGCAUAGAAGUCCUUCGUUCAGCUUACAAUACAUUGGUGCGUCAGGUCAGACGAGUGCUGGAACGCAAUGCUGGAGCGGGCAAUCACGAUGAUUCAUACCUUUUGUGGGCCAUACGAUUUUUUAUGGAAUUCAAUCGGUUGAGCGGAAUGCAACUGGAGUUGGUGAGUGAAUCGCUGAGUGUGCAGUGCUUCCACUGGGUACUGACGCGCAUGCAACACGAUAUGGAUAUGAUUGUCAGCGACAAGAAGCAAGCGCGCAUCUGGGCAAAGCGUUUACAUGUCGCAAUACAG